UUUAAUUUAAAAGGUGAUAUAUAAAUGAAGCGGUCUCUUUUGAGGAUUAUUCAGUCAUCGGCGGAGAGGUCUUUUCACGGCGUUGCUCACGACGAAAAUGGGUGUUUUCAGGUUUCACCAGUACCAGGUUGUCGGAAGAGCUCUCCCGACAGAGAAGGAGGUGCAACCUAAGAUUUACAGGAUGAAGCUCUGGGUCACUAACGAGGUUCGUGCCAUGUCCAAGUUCUGGUACUUCUUGAGAAAACAGGUGAAGAUUAAGAAGAGCAAUGGCCAGAUGCUUGCCAUCAACGAGAUCUUUGAGAAGAACCCGACGACGAUCAAGAACUUUGGAAUCUGGCUGAGGUACCAGAGCCGUACAGGUUACCACAACAUGUACAAGGACUUCCGUGACACUACUUUGAACGGAGCAGUGGAGCAGAUGUACACCGAGAUGGCGUCGAGGCAUAGAGUCAGGUUCCCUUGCAUCCAGAUCAUCAAGACGGCCACUGUCCCAGCGGCUUUGUGCAAGAGAGAGAGCACGAAGCAGUUUCACAACAGCAAGAUCAAGUUCCCGUUGGUCUUCAGGAAGGUUAGACCUCCCACCAGGAAGCUCAAGACUACCUACAAGGCCUCUAAGCCCAACUUGUUCAUGUAGAGAAGAAGCUCUCUAAUAGUACUUUUGAGAGUUUUUUUUCUUUAAUUUUGGGGGUUAGAAUCUUGGAAGUAUUAUUAUGGACUAUGUUAUUUUUUAUACCGGAUAAUUUUUGUUUGUCGUUUUUAGUUGGCAGUGAGGCUUUAAAAUAUUAUAAUUUUCUUCUUUCUAAUUACCUUAAAAAAAUCUGGUCAUUUUCAAAAUAUAAUAUUAGUCACUAAAAUCAUAGUGAACAUUAACAUUUUAUUGCAAAACAUGGAAAUGUUUAGAAGAAACUAAAAAAUCAAACGUGAAAUUGUUUCUACACAAACAGCAUCAAUCUUUUUUUUAGUGUCUGUCAAUCCUAAAGAAACUGAAGGUUCAAAGCUUCAAAAGCGUUUGUCAUUCUCAUGUAAAGGUCUAAACUUUAAUACUAUGAAUGAAUCUAUUAACUGUGUAACACCUAAACCGAGCUCAAUGUGAGUGAUUCAUAAAGCGAGAUGAAAGCGAAGUUAAAGAAGAAAGGUUAAUAAACAAACACACCAUUAUGGUUUUAUUGAUUUAUGAUAAUGAGCGUGACUUAAAGUAAUGGGCCAUUGAGCCGACAAGAAAAAGUAAUGGUCCUUGCAAUGUUUCUAACAUAUGAUGCAACUUGUAAAGCAUCAGAAGACCAAAUGUUUUCUUAUAAAUAAGAUGCAAAAUACAUAAAGUUACUAAGCAAAUGACAAAUGAUUACAGUAAAAGUUCAAACGAUACAAAACCAAACUCAAAUCAAAUCCACAAGUACCAGCUUGUGCAAACACACACAAAAGAGAGAGAGAGAUUCAACAUACUACAUCAUAAGAUGAUCUUAAGUAGAUCCCAAGAGAGGAGAGAGUGGUCCAGAUAGAGCCAGGACCGGUUUACUUGCCAGGAAACGGUCCAGAUACAAUUCAAGACUGGUUUGAGAAAUGUCCAACGCCAAGUUUCUGAGCUUCAAGUUUAAGAGACUUGAGGUACUGAACAGCUUCAUCAAGAACGGAAGCUGUAUUCAUCUCUUCACCUCCAGGGACAAUCUUCCUCAACAUUCCCAUCAUCUUCUUCAUCUUCUUCUUCCUUCCUCCUUUCCCAUCAUUAUUAGAACUACUAGCAGCGCUUCCCGACGAACUCUGCUUCCUUCUCGAGCUAUUAUACCCAUAACUUGAGCAACAAGACUCAGCAGAUGUAUUCCCAUAAUCCCUUGAAGCGUUACGAGCCGUGCUGACCUCUUCCGAGUCCCCACCAUCCUCCUCCCCCUCAUCAUCCUCAUCUGUGCUCAAGAGAGCAUCAAUCUCGUUAGGAUCUUCUUGGUAAGAAGAGGAGACUACUUCUUGGCCGCCGCCAUAGUUACCAUAGACUUCUUGGCCAUAGUUAUAACCAUAACUUCCCCCAGCAUACUCGUUCUGAAACGUGGAAGCCAAUCCGGAAUUCACGAGCCUAGGUGUCAGGUCAGGAUGGUACAUGACUUGGCUGUGGUCAUACGUCUGGUCGAAAAUAACAAAGUUCUUGGGACAGACCGGAGAGGGUUGAAGUUCAACGCCAUGGAAUGGUAACUUGGCGCACGGUGGGAACAAAUCAUCAAAGGAUGAUGAAUAAGGGAAGUUCAUGUUCCCAUCACCCAUUUCGUCAGAGAAGUGGGGAUACUGAUUGUUCUGCAUUAGAGAGACACCCGUGCAAAAGGGUAUAUAAAAGUGAAAAAAAAAAAAACAAAA